UUCGCAUAAUUAGAAACUGGUGAAUCAUCCACCAAAAGUGAAAGAAAGAGGACAAAAAAUGACACUCCAGUGGCAAGUGGUCGCCUUUUCUCUCUACGCCGAGAUAUUCCUUACAAUAAUACUCAUCCUUCCACUCCUCAAACCAUCAACAUGGAAGUACAUUUUUAGCAUACGCAUAUUCUCUGGCCUCAAGGCACUAUGGAAGACUAUUUUCUUUGCUUCACUUCUUAUACUCGUUGUAUUGUUCGUUGAUUCAAUAAGGACAAUGAAUAAAUACAAUGAUGCCUCAAUUGACAAACCUGGAAUGACACUUGACACGAAACUUGACAUACGUCUAAAACAGUGCAGAGGACAGCGAAACUUUUAUAUAACUGGGUUCUCUCUUUUUCUUAUGUUUAUCAUUUAUCGUUUGGUUGUCCUCUUGUUUGAAAGAGCUUCUCUUGAAGCUAAUCACCAGGCAGCAUUGGCACAAGCUCAAAGUGUCAGUCGUGAGCUCCAGAGGCGACUAGACCAAUCUGGAAAGAAAGAGACAGAAACCGAGUCUGAACAACCAACUGAAGAAGAGAAGGAGAAAUAUCUAACAAGGAUAACAGAGUUGGAAAAAGAAGUAAAGAAAGUUCUUGCUGAUCGUGAUGCCAUGAGGAAACAGGCCGAAUCACUUCAUGCUGAAUACGACCGGCUAUCAGGAGAAUAUCAGAAAAUACAGAAGGAGCAAGAUGGCGAAGAAGACAAGAAGGAGCAAUAGACAGAGAGGUGGUUUUAGAGGAUCGCAAACAAUUAAAAAUAUUAUUAUAAUUCUUACAAUUGAUUCUAGUAAACAUUUUAUUUACGGACACACGCGCACACCCAAGAUUUUUCACCUAAGAUUUUUCAUCAAUAA